AUGGCCAUGGGCAAAAUUCACUACUUUUUCUUGCUAAAAUUUAGCAUGGUUUUCCUAGCAGUGGGGGCUGCCAGCAACAGUAAUAUUACUACGGAUCAAUCAGCGCUUCUUGCGCUUAGAGAUCGCAUGAUCACUUCAUCAGAACCUCAAGAAAUCUUGGCAAAAAACUGGUCAGUCACCUCCUCCGCCUGUGAUUGGAUGGGUGUCACCUGCGGCCCUCGACACCGUCGGGUGACUGCCUUAAAUAUCUCAAACAUGAAACUUACUGGCGACUUGCCUCCUCAACUUGGGAAUCUAUCUUUUCUAGUUUCCCUUGACCUCAGCAGCAACAAUUUCCAUGGAGAACUGCCUCGUGAGUUAGCUCACCUGCGGAGAUUAAGAUACCUCUAUCUUGGGAUCAACAAUCUUGGUGGAGAGCUUCCCUCCUGGUUUGGUUAUUUACACAAACUCCAACAGCUGACUCUAAGCAAUAAUAGCUUUUCGGGUUCUCUCCCGCCUUCCAUCUCUAACAUGUCAAAAUUGGAGAGUCUAUGGCUGACAGACAAUUCCAUUGAGGGGACCAUUCCAAUAGAAUUUCAGAAUCUUCAUAGUUUGAAAAUUUUGAUUAUUGAUAGGAAUCAGCUUUCGGGUCCUUUGCCUCUCCACACUUUCAAUAUUUCCUCAUUGCAAAUCAUUUCUCUAUUCCAAAACAGCCUAUCUGGCAUUCUUCCAGACACCAUCUGUCACGCACUUCAUAAACUUACAUAUCUUGGUCUGGGAGGCAAUAAUUUGAUUGGCCAAAUACCUUCAACAUUGUCUCAGUGUUCCAUGCUCCAGACGCUUGCCUUGCCUCUGAACUAUUUAUGGGGACCCAUACCUAAGGCAAUUGGGAACUUGACAAUGCUCGAGACACUAGCCCUGGAGUCCAACAAUUUAACAGGUGCAACUCCAAAUGAGAUAUGGAAUCUAACUAUGUUGACGGGUUUAGAUUUUAGCAACAACAAAUUAACUGGUGGAAUACCCGAAAAGAUUGGGAACCUUCACAGAUUGGGGCAGCUUUAUUUAGACAAUAAUACAUUAUCGGGUUUUAUACCUACAGCAAUUUUCAAUAUUUCAUCUCUCCAAUAUAUUGCACUCGACCAGAACAAAUUCUCAGGAACAAUUCCUUUGACAAUGAGCAAUAAGCUGAGCAAUCUGAAGUUUCUUUCUCUCCAACAGAAUCACUUGACUGGAAUUAUACCUACCUCCAUCUCAAAUGCUUCAAAGCUCGUUGCUUUGUCGCUUCAUGAUAAUGAGCUCACCGGUUCAAUCCCCAACUCUUUAGGAAGUCUAGGAAAGCUAGAAUUGCUAAACUUGGAUUUCAACAGGCUGUCAGGUGAAUCCUCAUCUCCAGAAUUAAGCUUUCUCACUUUCUUGACGAGUUGCAGAUCCUUGAAAUAUUUAGUAGUGGGAUACAAUCCUCUGAAUGGUUUCCUUCCAGCUUCCUUCUCUAACCAUUCAACCUCUCUUGUAUACUUUACUGUAAGCAAUUGUAAAAUCAAAGGAAACAUCCCAACUGGAAUCGGCAAUUUGAGCAGUUUACUGCAUCUAGAUUUUUCAGGUAAUGAAUUGGUUGGAUCUAUCCCCAAAAGUUUCAAUAGGUUGAAAAAUCUUCAGGUGUUCUACUUGGGCAUCAAUCAAAUAAGGGAUGUCUUGAAUAUUUUCUGUGAACUACAUAGCUUGGGGUUGUUACAGUUGAGCCAAAAUCAAUUUUUUGGUGGGAUUCCAGAAUGCUUAGGAAAUAUGAUAAAUUUGACUCAGAUUUUUUUGGAUUCCAACAACUUGACUUCUAUGAUACCUGCCAACCUAUUGAGCAUGAAAAAUCUCCAAGUUCUCAACCUUUCAUUAAAUUUCUUGAGUGGUUCGCUACCUCUAGAGAUCGGGAACCUCAAAGCGGCAUACAAUUUGGAUCUCUCAAUUAAUCAAUUGUCAAACAUUAUUCCUACUACUAUUGGAGAGCUGCAAGCUUUACAGAAUUUUUCAUUGGCAAAAAAUAAUCUGCGGGGCUCUAUACCAGAAUCAGUUAGCAAUAUGGUCAGCUUGGAAUUCUUGGACCUUUCCCACAAUAAUCUCUCUGGUGUGAUACCCAAGUCAAUGGAGGCACUCAAAAAUCUUAAGGAAUGCAAUGUUUCUUUUAAUAGAUUAAGCGGCGAAAUUCCUCAAGGUGGUCCCUUCAGAAACUUUACAGGUCAAUUUUUCAUUAACAAUGAAGCACUCUGUGGUGACUCAAGGCUUAAUGUUCCACCAUGUCAGCGUAAUUCAACUAGAAGGUCAACUAAAAGGAAGGUGCUUCUACUUGUCAUUAGUCUGUCAGGAAUUGCAGCAAUACUGAUAAUAGCAAUUGGAGCAAUAUUGACUCUAAGGAGGCUGAAGAAACGAAAAGGUUUAGGUGGAACAGAGUUGAUGUUAGUGGCAAAAUAUGAAAGAUUUUCAUACUAUGACCUUUUGCAGUCAACUGAUAACUACAAUGAAAGCAAUUUGCUUGGAGAAGGGAGCUUUGGUUCUGUUUACAAAGGGAUCCUAAGUGAUGGCAUUGUUGUGGCUGUCAAGGUAUUCAACUUGCAAGUGGAAGGUGCAUCAACAAGUUUUGAUAGAGAAUGUGAGAUACUAAAGAGUUUACGCCAUCGAAAUCUUACAAAGGUGCUCGGCAACUGCUCCAACCCUGAUUUUAAAGCCUUGGUACUCAAAUACAUGCCAAAUGGGAAUCUUGAGAAGUGGUUGUACUCCCACAACCAUUUUUUAGAUCUGUUUCAAAGAGUAAACAUAAUGAUUGAUGUUGCUUGUGCAUUAGAAUAUCUCCAUUAUAGUUAUUAUACUCCCGUGGUACAUUGUGACCUGAAGCCUAGUAACAUCUUGCUUGAUGAAGAUAUGGUUGCUUCUGUAAGUGACUUCGGUAUCACAAAAAUGUUUGGCGAAGGAGAAAGUAUAUUGCAUACCGUCACCCUGGCAACACUGGGAUACAUUGCACCAGAGUAUGGAUCCGAGGGAUUAGUUUCGAGAAGAAUCGAUGUUUAUAGUUUCGGAAUAGUUCUGAUGGAAACUUUUUCGAGAGUGAAGCCUAGCGAUGAAAUGUUUUCAAGUGAUUUGAGCCUUAAAAGCUGGGUAGAAGAUUCUCUUCCUAAUGCACUUCAGGUCAUUGACGCAAACUUAAUAAGGCCAGAGGAUGAACAUUUCACUGGCAAGCUGAAGUGUGUUAUAUUGAUUCUGAAAUUGGCUUUGAACUGCUGUAGAGAAUCUCCAGGAGAAAGGAUGAACAUGAAAGAUGUUUUAGCAGAAUUGAAGAAUAUUAAGCGCCAGCUUCUUAUGACACAAACUGUCAGACCUCGAGUGGACCAGAUACGUUUUUUACCACAUCAAACAGAUAUUGCUGUAUAGUUCUGAAGCUUGAUUUAUUGUGCAUGCUGGAUUCCAUAGUUUUCACCUACAUCACAUUUGGACUUUCAGUUAGAUUCCAUAGGUUUCUCCUACGUCAUAUUUGGACUUUCAGUUAUGGAUCACAUUGCACAGCUUUUUUUUUUUUUUUUUUGGCUUUUCGUUUUCUAUCUUUUAAUUCUGACUAAUUUCUUGGAUACAUUUUGAGGACCUGACUAUGUAUCUUUUAAUCUUGAUCUUGAAUUAAGAUUGCAAAAUGAUGAGAGCGA